UGAAAAUACCGAAACGGUGAAAGAAGGGGUACAUACAGUACAGGUUCUUUAAAAUAAAAUUUAUUUUUCCAGCAAAAAAAUAAAUUGUUUUUUAUUUAUUAUUAUUUUCAAUAAAUUGCCGCGCGUUAUUCCCGAGAAAAUGGCGACGCGAUCCUUGUGGCGCGGCCGAGCCAAAUUCGCGGCGGUAACCACCGCCUUAUUCGGCGGAGUAGCGGCGGCCAACGUAGCUACCUCCGAUGAUCCUUCCAGGACUCUGAAGCUCUACACUGCAGUUCCUGUUCGCCUGUUUCGUGACUGCGUCACUGCUGCUAGUAUCGCCUUUGAUUAUGAGUACUCACUGUUGGGACUGGCUGAAGAUAGUGAUGAAAGGUCACGUGUUAAGCAUGAAGUUCAUCUAAGAUCUGCACGUAAACUUCAAGAAUUAUGUUUCAAGAAUGGAGGCAUAUAUAUCAAGCUCGGUCAACAUAUUGGACAGCUGGAGUACUUAGUACCUCAUGAGUAUGUUCAGACAAUGAGGGAGUGUAUGUUAAAUAAAUGUCCUGUUUCUUCCUAUGAUCAAGUGUGUGAAGUGUUCAAGAAAGAGUUGGGAGAGACACCGGAUAAAAUAUUCUCUGAAUUCGAUCCUGUUCCUAUAGCAAGUGCUUCACUGGCUCAAGUUCAUGUUGCUCAGCUGCCUGAUGGCCGUAAAGUUGCUGUGAAGGUUCAGCACAUUCACAUGACAGAUACUGCAGCUGCAGAUCAGGCCACCGUGGAAUUAAUUGUGAACACCUUGCAUUGGAUUUUUCCUUCUUUUGAUUACAGAUGGUUGGUUGACGAAAUUCGUGAAAGUUUACCUAAGGAGCUAGAUUUCUUGGUUGAGGCCAAGAACAGUGAGAGAUGCUUGGAUAAUUUCUGGAAACUAUCUCCUCAUAUUGCACCUUAUGUAUAUGCACCAAUAGUGUAUUGGAGUUUGAGUACCAAAAAAUUAUUAACCAUGGAAUAUAUAGAUGGAGCACAAGUAAAUGAUUUGAAGUCUAUUCGAAAGCUUGGUGUUCAACCACAUGAAGUUUCUAAAUUAGUUAGUCAAGCUUUUGCUGAAAUGAUGUUCAAACAUGGGUUUGUUCAUUGUGACCCACAUGCAGCAAACCUACUGAUUCGCCCGAUGCCUUCUAGCAGAAAGAGCAUUCUAGGCAAGAGAGAACCACAGUUGGUUCUUCUAGACCAUGGACUGUACAAAGAUCUUGACUUCCAGACAAGAAUUAGUUAUGCUUCACUCUGGAAGGCAUUGAUAUUUUCUGAUGCUAAAUCCAUAAAGGAAAACAGUGUGAAACUGGGUGCUGGAGAGGAUUUGUAUGCGUUAUUUGCUGGAAUUCUUACAAUGAGGCCAUGGAAUAGAGUAAUAGAUCCAGCUAUUGAUCACUUAGUCAUACGAGGUGGUGACGGUGACCGAUCUGAACUACAGAUGUAUGCUUCUCAGUAUUUCCCCCAAAUUUCAGAGCUUUUAAGGAGGCUACCACGUGUAAUUCUUUUGAUGCUAAAAACAAAUGAUUGUCUACGAUCAGUUAAUAAUGCCCUGUUGCAGGAGUCUUCUCUGGAAACAUUCUUGAUAAUUGGAAGGAUAUCUUCUGAAGCUGUUAUUGAGGCUAAAUUGUUAGAGAGUAAAUCCUUGUUGGUUCGGUUGAAUGUUUGGAUCGAUGAAAUUUUAUUGGACGCUCGACUUUUUGGAAUGCAGGUGGCCCUAUGGCUUUUGCAGCUGAAGAGAGCUUUGUGUUGGAUAUACUGAAGAGAUGUUCUUAUAAUUAUUCUUUGGUUCCUGAACUGGGCUCGCACAUUCUUUUUCUCCAUAGGUCACAUUCCCCACGAAAAAAAAUACAGGGUCUCGAUCAUAUGGGAUUUGAUAUAUAAUUGAUUUUAUAAAAUUGAAGAACAAAUAAGUGAUUCUUUUCUUUUAACCAAAAAAGAGGGAAACAAUUCACUGUUUUUGGUUUCAAGAUGCAGACUUUUAAUUUUUUUUUUUUUUGGAUCUCAUCGAUCUUUGUAAACAUUUUAUUCCAACUCGUAAAGUGAGAGACUGAAAGAAAAUGAUUCAUUCGGGAUGCUAGUUCUUACACACAACUUCACAAUAAUUAAUUGAUUAAUUUCCCUGGAAA